UACCCUUUUCCCCUGGCAUUCGCAAACAAAACUUAAAGUCACGCACAUGAAAAAAUUAAUAUCGUUAGCCAAGCACACUCAAAAAAAAAAAACCUUUUGGAAACUGCAAAAUUGCCCAGUGCUUUUUGGAAACUGCCAAAAUACAGAGCAUAAACAUAAUUAGCCCAAAAGCCGAGCCAUAUAGUUGUAGUGAUAGACAAUGUCGUAUCAGAUCAAAUCGACACCGUAUUUCCGGCGGAUGUUCAACAACAGCAAGAGGAAUGGACAGUUGCAGAGAUUGGCGGAGGAGUACGAGCGAAUCCAGGAGUUCAACGAUCGUACCAUCGAUCUGAAGAUGCGGCAGGUGCGUUUGAAGCGUCUUUUCCGCGACAUUGAGGAGAUCAAGGAGGGAGGAUCUGGUGCUGGUGUUGGUUCUGGUUCUGGUACGGGUUCUGGUAGUGGUGUUGGUGUUGGUACUAGUGCUAGUUCUGGUACUGGUACUGGCCCAGGUACUUCAGCCUCCCAUCUCAACAGAAUCCGCACUGGACCAUCCACUUCUCCGACUGGUGGACGCCAUCCAAUCCGGAGGAAUCUACUCAAAUUGACCAAUGUCACGCCGGAGCAAAGGACUCAUGAGCAACGGGUGAGGGCUUUGGCCAGAGCCCGCGAACUGGGAAUGGAGAUGUCGCGAAGGAACGGGCAAAUAUUCGCGGCCGGAGCCGGUGAAUUACUGAGGACUCAGCUCCGGCUUUCGGCCAAAAUGCAAGCGGUGGCCGAUGCCCGCAAAGAUGCCCUUGAUCGACGGGAGCGGACCGCCAAGCGAAUCAACUACGGCAACGAACAGUCGCGACAGAAUCUGCAGCGAUUGCUCCUGGUUCGCCAGCGACGCCUCUGCGGUGGGAGUCGGCCACAGCUGCAACCCAAUUUGCAACCCAAUUUGCAACCCAAUUUGCAACCCAAUUUGCAACCCAAUUUGCAACCCAAUUUGCAACCCAAUCUGCAACCCAAUCUGCAACCCGAUCCCAUUCCCCGACAGGCACCAAGGCGGGAAAUAAGUUACCCGUAUCCGGAUUACCGCCAACUGGAAAUGCUGACGGAUGAGGACAAGGACGAGAUGCCGCCAAGGCAGCAACUCAUUCGGCGGGCUCAGGAGCAGGAGACUGAGCCGCAGCUGAAGGAGGAGCACUUGAUGAGGCUGGAGGAGGAGGACGAUUCCCUGGAUGAGAACCAUCGGCGUUAUAGUGGGCUGAAGCUAGUUCCGUUGUCGUCCCAGGACGAUGUGUGCAGCGAUGAUGGCAACAGCGGACCACAGCGACUAUUGGUGCUGAGGCGCCAGAAUUCCGAGCUGCGACAACGACGCCAGGCAGACGAGGAUGAGGACACUUCGCCCCAGCGGCUGCUAGACUUUUCGCUCAGCUCAACGAAUGUCAGCACGGUUACGGCGGAAAGUACGCCACAGAAAUUCCAGGAGGAUGCCUCCCAGUACGCCUCCGAUCUGGAGAUGCACCCUGCUCCGCUGGCCACGGAGGAUCGCUUGGCCUUGGGCUUCCAAUCGGCCACCAUUGGUAGCCAUCAACCCACUGAACGAGUGCCCUGGGAGCUGGAAACACAGCCAGGACCAAGCAAGUGGCGGCAAAUCUCACUGAUGAUGCCCGGGUUCAAGUCCUAUCCCGGCCUCACGAUAAACAAUCACUGCGAGGAGAUGGUGCCAGCACCUGGCUCGAAUCACAGGCUAUUCUGCCAGUUCAUCAAUGCUGCCACAAAGGGGGAGGAGGGGGAAAAGGAGGCGGAGGAGGAGGAGGAGGACCAGUCGUCGCCGUUUUCGUUUCCUCAACGCGAGAGUCUGCUGUCCACCUUCCAGUUCAUUGGGACCUUGGAGCAGUAGCUUCAUAUUCAGGAAAGGAUCACUGGAGUACCAGUCCGAAAUCUGUGGCAAGAUCUCCCAAAGGAAAGCGAUGAUUAGUUUACUGAAAUAUACAAAAUAUUCAUUCAAAUUCUAAGUUCACUUAAGCUAAAUAUUUUGUCUAAUUUCAGAAAUAAAUAAUGUCUUAUUGAUAUAUUUUAAUUGCAA